AUGGCCGACCGAGACAAUGGCAAGCCGGGCGACCCGGCCUGCCAGAUGAAGCUUGAGCCGAAGCAAAUCUCGCUUUCAAAGCCUCAGCUCGACAGCAAAGAUGCGGUAUCCACGGUCGAGAGCAAGUGGAACACGAAAAACCUCGCUUUCAGGUGGGCAGCAGACAUCGCCAGCGCAUCUUGCGCCGCAGGUCUCGUUGCGCCCCUGAUAUCCAUCAUCGACCGGUCCAUCAUGGAGAACGCAUCGGGCCGGGCCACCCUCGGCGACUCGGUCAGGAGCUCCCUGCGAAACCUCGUCCUCCGGCCGCACACCAUGAUCUUCUCGAAGCCCGUCGCGCUCAUCUUCAUGGCCUACGGCGGCACCUACCUGACCGCCAACACGGUCGACACGGCCUACUCGACCGUGCGCAACAAGCCCGCCACGCUCGUGACGUCAGGCACGGCCAAGUUCGCCUCGUCGUCGGCCGCCAACAUCGGGCUGGGCGUCUACAAGGACCAGGUGUACGCGCGCAUGUUCGGCCCCGUGGGCAAGGCCGUGCGCGCCGUGCCGCUGCCCUCGUACGCGCUCUUCACCCUGCGCGACUGCAUGACCAUCUUCGCCAGCUUCAACAUGCCCAUGAUGCUGGGCCCGGGGGUCGGCGCCGCCAUGGGCGAGACCCUCUGCAGGCAGGUCAGCGGCCAGACCGUCGUGCAGUUCGUCGCCCCGGCCUUCGUCCAGGUCUUCUCCACCCCCGUGCACCUGCUCGGGCUGGACCUGUACAACCGCCCGCGGUGCGAGAGGUCGGGCCUGCCUACGCUCGGCGAGCGCUGGGCCCAGGUCUAUAAGAACUGGGGCAUCAGCGUCGUCGCGAGGCUGUGCCGCAUCAUACCGGCGUACGGUAUCGGUGGUGUAGUGAACUCCAAGGUCCGCCGCAGCUUGAUGGAGAAACUGUAG